UGUGGAUGGCUCACUGGGAUCAGCCUCUGCCUGCCUGUCCGUGGGGGCUGCCAGGGAAGUCCAGGGCAGCUCAUUCUUCAGGUGUUGCCACCAGAGGGCUCUGGCUGUUGCUAAGGGAGAGGGGUUUACACUGCAGUGGGGAGCAAUCCUCCAAAAUGGCCCCUUUGAUUCUGCUCUUUUUCUAGCAUUUGGCUCAGAGUUGCUGUUACUGGGAGGGUCUGAAGAGUCUGGGGGGAAUCGGGGUGUGACAUGGACUGAAGCCCCUUCUGUAACCUCCCCCGUCACCUCUCUCGCCCCAACAGGCUGAAGAAUCGUGUCCACAUUUCACUCCAGAUUGGCCCAUCUUCCCAGAGACAGGGAAGGGAAAUGGCUGUGAUGGAGCCAGCUCAGAUGCCGGUGACCUUCAAGGAGGUGGCUGUGUAUUUCACCCAGGGGCAGGGGGCUCUGCUGGACCCUGCUCAGAGAGCCCUCUACAGGGACGUCAUGCAGGAGAACUACGAGACGGUGACCUCACUGGGAUUUUCCCUUCCCAAACCUGAGCUGAUCUCCCGCCUGGAACGAGGGGAAGAGCCGUGGGUCCCGGAUCUCCAGGUCUGUGAGGAAAGAGAGUGCCUGAGAGGUGAUCGCACAGGUGCUGAGCGAGGGAGUGAGAAUGAGAAGGGGAAUCAUCAUCAGGAAGUUGCUGGGAAAGUGGAACCACAGGGAACCUUCAUGAAAAGAGCUGAAGGGAAUUUUUCCCAGUGCUGGGAAGAGGGAGAAACCUGUGGAAAUUGGCACAGGUCAAAGAAGCUGCAGGGAAAUCACCCAAAAGUGGAUGAAUCAAAUUCCAAGGAAGACAAACGCUAUGAAUGCCUCGGUUAUGGGGAAGGAUUCAUUGUGAGAUCACAGCUUGUUACACAUCAGACAAUCCAUACUAGAGAGAAACCCCUUCAGUGCUUGGACAGUGGACAAAACUUCAAUAAUCACUCAGACCUGAAUAACCAUGAGAGAAGCCACACAGGAAAGAAACCCUAUCAAUGCCUUGAGUGUGGGAAAUGGUUCAUGUGGAAGUCAGAACUAAUUAGACAUCAGCUAAGCCACACAGAAGAGAGACCACAUAAGUGCUUCGAGUGUGGGAAAAGUUUCAUACAGAGGUCUGACCUUCUUAAACAUCAGGCAAUCCACACAGGAGAUAGACCCCAUAAACCUUUUUAA